AUUAAAGGAAAAACAACAUUAUUCAAUUUAUAUCUUAAAAUUUCUGUUUUGUUGGAAUAUUUGAAUAAAGAUGACUUCUGAACGCUUUUUUACUUUAAAUAAUGGUUUAGAAAUGCCGAGUAUUGGAAUUGGAACAUUUAUGGCACCUGAUCAUGAAAUUGAAACAGCUUUAGAUGCAGCAUUAAAAGCUGGAUACCGUCAUAUUGAUACAGCACCAGUUUACCUUAAUGAAAAAGCUAUUGGCAAAGCACUUCGCAGAUGGAUCGACACAAAUCAAGUGAAAAGAGAAGAUUUGUUUAUUACAACAAAAUUACCAAUUCAUGCAAAUCGUCCAGGUGAUGUUGAAAAAACUUUAAAAAAAUCUUUAGAAGAUCUUCAAUUAACAUAUGUAGAUAUGUAUCUUAUUCAUGCCCCAGUUGCUGUACCACAACCAGCAAGUGGUGCUGGUUCUUCAUUGACAUACGAUCGUGAUUCCAAUGGUAAUUUAAUUAUUGAUCCAACAACUGAUCAUGUAAAAAUUUGGAAAAAAAUGGAAGAUAUGAUAGAAAUGGGUUUAACAAAAAAUAUUGGAGUUUCUAAUUUUAAUCAAAAACAAAUUCAAAGAUUAUUAGACAAUUCAAAGAUAAAACCAUCAAACCUACAGAUCGAACUUCAAGUAUAUUUUCAGCAAAAUGAUCUUGUAGACUUUUGUAAAGCAAAUAACAUUCUUAUUACUGCUUAUUCUCCAUUAGGUAAUAGGGAUAUGGUAAAACGAAGAUUGGCAGCGGGAACUCUAAAAGAAGACAUAAUCCUAUUUGAAGAUCCAACAGUUGUUGAAAUCGCAAAAAAUCAUAAUAAAACAGGAGCACAAGUUUUAUUACGUUGGAUAUUGCAACGAGGUAUCUGUCCAAUUCCGAAGAGUACAAAUCCAGGAAGAUUACAACAAAAUUUAGAUAUUUAUGAUUUUAAACUUUCGGAUGAUGAAAUGAAUAGAUUGGCAGGAUUAGAUAAAGGUUUGAGAAUAUGUGAUACCUCGUUCUUUAAAGGAAUUGAAAAACAUCCUGAGUGCACUUGGUAAAAUAUUCGCUAUAUUAUGAAUUUGGCGUUGUCACAAAAAAUUGUUUAUGUUCACAUUCGUCAAACUCUAAUUAAGUGGUAAUUUUAAAUAGAUUGUAAAAAUAAUUUUUGAUAAAAAAUAAAAUUUCUGUAUUGUUGCA